AUGGGCAGCAAGGGUCAUUCAAUUCUGGUCGGAUCCAGCGAGAAGGGACGCAAGUCCGGGUCUGGCUCGGUAGAGGUGCAGAUGUGCCAAUCCAUCUUGCCCUGCCAUGCCAACUACCAGGGAGAACUGGGUGCAGGACAGCUGCUGAAGUGGAUGGACACUAUUGCCUGCCUUGCAGCUGAAAGACAUGCAGGAACAGCAUGCGUAACAGCUUCGAUGGACGAUAUUCGGUUUGAAGAGACAGUGAGGGUUGGGCAGGUUAUCAAUAUCAAAGCCAGAGUGAAUAGAGCUUUCAACACCAGUAUGGAGGUGGGGAUCUAUGUAAUGGUACAAGAAGUUCUCAGCGGCAUUAUGAAGAGAGUUUGUGUGGCUUUCUCCACUUUUGUCGUGAAACCAAGAGGGACACAGAAGGUCACUCUUAAGCCUGUGGAUGUUCACGGUUCUGUAGAGGUGAUGCUAGAACAUUUUCUAGCUGCAGAAAGACGGAGACUCAAUGAGGAGGCCUUCAAAAAUCUUAUGAUGGACUAUUACAACCUUCAAGACAAGGGACUGUGGAGCAGAAAAGCCAUUGUGCCCUUGAUAUCGACUGAACUCACUCAGGUCGAGAGCAUCGAGUUGGUGUUACCACCACACGCCAAUCACCAUGGUAACACUUUCAGUGGACAGAUCAUGGCCUGGAUGGAGAAUGUAGCUACCUUGGCAGCCAGUCGUUUGUGCGCUUCUUCUCUAAGAGCAGUAGACAUGUUCCAAUUCCGAGGUCCCUCAAGUGUUGGUGACAGACUAGUGUUCAAAGCAAUGGUCAACAAUGCCUUUCAGACCAGUGUGGAGGUGGGUGUUCGGGUGGAGGCAUAUAACUGUGAAAAGUGGAGUGAGGGGACACCGAGACACAUCAACAGUGCUUUCAUGAUUUAUUAUAUACCAGCUGAGAGUGAAAGACAAACAUUUCCUGAUGUCACUUUCACAACUCAUGUAAGAUGGAGAGAAAGAUUUCUUGGUGCAGUUGUCAGGAAGAGAAUUUGAAUGGCAGGUACACACAUCUUGUACUCAAGAGACGAGGGACCCAUUUCUGUGCCUUGGGGCCGUAAUAAUCAGGUGUAUUUGGGGUACAACAAUGUGGCCGCUCUUACAGUCUUAGCUGGAAAACAGGGCUGGGAAGCCAGCAACAUCAAUGAUAAGGUAGAAGUCCAUGUGCACGAGAAGGCAGAUCUGUUGUGCUUAAGAGUUGAUAUGGAGGUCCGGACAUCAGCUGUUAAUGCUUUCUCGCUGCUCAACGACCUGCGAUUAAGGCCAUGUUGGGACAAACACUAUUUGAGCUGUGAGGAGGUCGAGAAAGGAGACGAGGAGGAAACUGUUUAUCAUGUUAAAUGUGGCACAAUUCAUGGAUGCAAAAGUCAGGAUUUUGUGUUUCUGUUGUCAAAAAGGCAACCCUGCAAAGAUGGAGACCCAUAUGUGAUAGCGCUCCGCUCUGUCACCGUGGCAACAGUUCCACCUGAUGAGAACUGCAUUCGAAGUGAAGCAAAAUGUGCAGGAUUCCUAAUUCAUGAAAUCAGCUAUUCAACCUGCAAGGUGUCUUACUACAAUCAGGUGACCUCUGGAGUGCUACCCUAUGUAGAGGGAAAUUUAGCAGGCUGGUCCAAAUCCAUGGAAGAGACAGCAAUGUCCUGCAUCUCAUUUAUGGAGCAAGAUUUGCUUACUACAGCGUUCUGAUGCAUAAAAGUCUGCAACAGUA